CUAUGACACAUCGCCACGCGCGCUAUAGAUUCUUCAGCACUGCGACAGUAGUGAAUAUCGGAACGUAGCCAAUUUGGAAACGUAGGAAUUUGGAAAAAAUAAAAUCUAUUUCAAUACACGUGUAUCUUCAUUAUAAGUGCAGGAAGUGUAGACAGCAACCUCUCUGCCCGCUCAGCCCGCACUAAAAUAUAAAGAUAACGCUGGAUAACGCAUGACACUGUAUUGAUACUGCGAACGUGGAUUCCAAAGUGCGCCUGCUCUUAUUGCUUCUCCUGACGAGCGUUCCGCCGAGUGAGCCGCGAGCCGCGCGAGGAAGUUAUGACGACCUUGACGAAUCUACCGCCGAUAGCGAGGCUCUCCAGCAGGGUGAUCCGGAUCCUGGGAUGCAAUCCCGGCCCGAUGACACUGCAGGGCACCAACACCUACCUCGUGGGCACUGGACGCAGACGUGUGCUGGUUGACUCAACAGAAGCGAAAACCGCCGACGCCUACGUGAAACUUCUGGACAGCGUGUUGAGCGAGGAGAACGCGACCAUCGAGCAUCUGGUCGUCACCCAUUGGCAUCACGAUCACAUCGGCGGCGUGGAGUCCGUGCGGAACUUGGUGAAGAGGCUGUCCCCCACGGGCAAGCAGCUGACCGUGUGGAAAUUACCGCGGUCGCUGAACGACACGAACAGAUCGGACGACGAGAAAACCGUCCAGUGGCAACCCCUGAGGAACAAUCAGAUGGUGGAGGUCGAAGGGGCGAGGCUCCAGAUCAUGUACACGCCGGGACACACCAGCGAUCAUGCCUGCCUGCUGCUGCAGGACGAGAAUAUCCUGUUCAGCGGCGACUGCAUCCUCGGCGAGGGCACGUCGGUCUUCGAGGACCUACACGAUUACAUGGUGUCGCUGAACGAGAUCCUGGAGCUGCGGCCCAAGACGAUUUAUCCGGGCCACGGACCGGUUCUGGAGGAUCCUAUACCGCGUAUACAGUAUUACAUCAAGCACAGGCAGCAGAGGGAGGAGGAUAUUCUGCGAAUGCUGCAGGAGCAGGGAAACGACAAGUCGAUGACGGAGAUGGAUAUCGUCAGGCUGAUAUACAAGGAAACCCCUGAGAAAUUGUUGUUGGUCGCGGCAUUUACUGUGGGACAUCAUCUUCGCAAGCUACAGAAAGAGGGGAAGGUCUUGCAAGAAGAAGACGGUGGCUGGUGGAGAAUUAAGGGGAAAAUAUAAAUAGAAUAAUUGAAAUUAGAUAAAAUUGAGUAUUUGAGGGUCGGCAGGAGCGACAGGCCAAUUCCAUUUACACCUCAUUUGCAUAUAGAUACGUAUCUAUAUUUUGUCUCGUAAAAUAGAAAUAUUUUGCCACGAGUCUUUUCCAUGUUUUGAGCUGAAGUUGCAAAACCUGCUAUACAGCCGGAUUUUGCAAUUUAUUGCUUAAAAUAUCAUAAAUAAAAUUAUCCGCAUUUCACUACAGUGCAGAUAUUAAAAUAAAAUUUUAUUUUGCUUAUUGUUUCCAAAAAAAUCACUUUAAAUAAGAUGCAGGCAAUUCUUGUGGAUAUCAUUAUUAUAUUGCAAUUAUAUCGAUAUUUUAGUUAUAACUUGGAACAAGAGAAAUUCGUUUCCAACAACGAUCUCCGUUGUGACUUCUGCCGAUCCUUAAAAGUGCCGAAAUAAUUUCGGCCAAAAACUCAUGAAAUACCAAUUCUAGAAAAAAAA